ACCACCGCGGGGAGGAGUCGCACAGACCGCUUUAAAUAAAUGCUCCUGGAUCCCUAAAAUCACUAUCCAGACAGCCAGUCUUUUACUGACAGCAGUCCGGAGCGGGUCCCUGAUCACACUGAGUUAACGGCGCAGCGGAGCGGACAGACAGUCCCGGUAUUGUUGACGUCUCCGGUCAAAAAAACAAAAAGCUGAGGGAGGGACGCCUCAGCUGGAUCUCUACUCUGCAACGCAUCUGCGCAGCACAAACACAAACGAGGAGGCUGAAAACAUCCCUGCUGCCUUUACCAAAAUGCCGUUUUCCGUUAACGGCAUCCUUUGUGCGCUCGCGCUGCUGCUCUUGUGGCGCGCGGAGGAGCUCGUGGAAGCGUGCAGCUGCGCUCCGGUACAUCCGCAACAGGCGUUCUGCAACGCGGAUGUAGUCAUUCGUGCAAAAGUGGUGGGAGAGAGUGAGGUGGAUUCUGGGAACGAUAUCUAUGGGAACCCCAUCAAGCGGAUCCAAUAUGAUGUCAAACAAAUCAAGAUGUUCAAAGGGCCAAACCAGGACAUCGAGGCAGUUUUCACUGCACCAGUGUCUGCUGUCUGUGGUGUUACUCUGGAUGCCAGCGGCAAGAAGGAGUAUCUGAUCUCAGGAAAGGCAGAGGCAGGUGGCCGCAUGCAUGUGACCCUGUGUGAUUACAUCAUGCCCUGGGACUCCCUGAGUGCCACCCAGAAGAAGAGCCUGAGCCAGCGCUACCAGAUGGGCUGUGACUGUAAGAUCGUGCGCUGUCCCUCUCUGCCCUGUGAGAUCACAGCUCCUGAGGAGUGUCUGUGGACAGACCUGAUCAUCGAGAAGCAGGUGCACGGGCGGCAGGCCAACCACUACGCCUGCGUCAAACGGGCAGACGGCUCCUGCUCCUGGUACCGCGGCGUUGCACCUCCCAAGAAAGAGUUCCUGGAUGCAGAGGACCCUUAAGUCACAUGGCUCUGUUCAUUGACUGCACAGCCUGAUGGAAAUAAAUUCCAAUAAUUGAAAUUCAAAUAGUAAAUAAACAAAGCACACCACGAGGCUUAAUAAAUGCAAAGCUAUCACAACAAAAUUCACCAGCUGGUCUGAGAAUAAUAUUUUGGCCACUUUUUACCUGACAGAUUACAGAUGAGGCUUAAAUGUUGUUCUCAGACGCAGCCAGUCUGUAAAAACAUCAAAUAGCAUUGCGAGACAUAGACUGGUCAAGUGAUGAUGUAAUUUCCUCCUGAGGCUGGCGUUAGGAGGGUUUAAAUUCUCAGCGAUUCAAAGCACUUCCUGCCCCCAAAAGCCCCCAAACAAAUCUGCGCCUCGUUAAACAAUCUCUGACCCUUCACCUAAUCAUUCAAAAUUCAUCACAUUUCUACUUUUAUUACCUCAUCAGAAAAACACAUCUUUGUUUCCUUUCUUUUUGACUAAUUCUCAGUUGUGCUUUUUUCAUUUUAUUUCCCUUAGCUGGUGCCCUCAUCAUGCUUUCUUUAAAAGAUAAUUCAUCAUCUUGCACAGCUGAUGGAACUUUAGUUUUUGUUUUGUUGCUGGUGGUGAUUUUACCUGAAGCCUGUGACUGUCACAGACCCCACUGGACCAGUCUAUGUGGAGUGAAGACGAUCACUUAAUUAAAACCAACUCUUCUCUGCUCUUCAGUCAGUCAGAGGUAUCCCGUCUAGUUUUGCUAAUCUUUGGAUCCUCACCCCUCCCCUUGUUAUGUAGCUGUACAGUACCUAUGCAUAUACGUUUGUUGUUACUUGAUAACAUUUACUGCAUUAGAACUAGAUUUGCACUUUUUGAGGAUGAGUAAAGACAAGAGUCUGAAUACUCGGAUGUGACAUUUGUCAUGUGCCUACCAGAUCCACCUUCCACCUCGAGUGCAGAUUUGUUUCUGCUCCGAGGGCUUUGGGGAUCAAAAAGGCAAACAAAUUCUUCCCAUUUUUGUCAUUGCCACAUAAAAUAUCACUUCCUAGAAUGAGAAACUAAACAGUUAAUGUAUGAAUGGUUUAGAUUUUAGGGGUGUUUUUGCAGAUUUUUUGUACGGAUGAUUAAUCGAGAGGAGUUUGCAGGAUGAUGAUAUUUCCAUGUCUUUCAUUAUCUGUCAAUUGUAAAUGCAAACAGCAGUUUCACGAUAUUCUCGCAGAUGGUCCUUUACAUGCUUAAUGUUAGCUUUGACUCGUCUUUCAACUCUAUUAAAUGAAAGCUUUAUCGCUGUCCUAGAAAGCAAGUUACUCAACGUUUACAGUGCUGUUUUAUACACCUCAAGCUACAAUAACUAGAACAAUAUAUAUAUAUGAUAAAGUAUUAAAUGCAUAAUUUAAAAAAAGUAAACUCUUUCUGAUUUCAUUUACUUUAUAUUUUUCAGUGUUAUUAUUAUACCUGUCAUGAUUUUUGUGUGUUUGUCUGCAAAUGUUUUCAGCUGUCUUGUUUGGAGGGUCCUCUUGCGCUGGAGCAACGUGAGAGUGAGAGUAAUGAGUCUUUUAUUUCUGGGAAAAGUGUAGAGAAAUGAGAAAUGGGUACUUUUGUGUGAAUAGAGGACUGUGCAUGUGUUUGAUGCUUUGUGUAAGUCCAGGUAAAGGACAAAAUAUUCAGUAUUAACAAUAAAAAAACCAACAAGUUUGGGGAAAAGUA